AACAAAUGAAUGGGGAAGUUCCAUGUUAGCCACUAGAUGGAGCCACAAUACCUUUGGCCACAUAGUUCAGACAUUGUUUGAGUUUGACCAGUUUAUGACAUAACUCGGAUUGUUCUGAUUGUAGGGCAAAGACAGUAGGAACCACAGGGUUACAUAUACAUUUUCCUAUUAGACUUUUUUACUUCACAGCCUUACCCUUCUGCGCCUCUAUUAUGCUUUUUGUUCCUUGCUUCCCUCUAUAGUAUAGUCACAUAUUUUUCAUAUGUGCAUCUAUUAAAGUUUUAGCAAAGGUCUUGCAUGUUUUCCCCCAUUUUUGUUAGCCCGAGGGAAAAUGGAUUAAACACACCCCUUUUACGCAUGUCCAUUUCCAAGAAGUGCAUCUAGAAGGGUUGUUCAGAGUAAAAUAGAAACUGUACCGUGGAAACAUUUAUAAAUUGAGGAUAUUGUUUAAAAUAUAAACUCCCCCUCAACCCCCAAGUUCCAUGAACCUGUUUAGAAAUUACAACUUGCUUAAUCAUCCACUUAGCUACAAUGGGAUUAGAUAUAAACAAAAUACUUUGUGCAUGAGGGAAAUACAGGUUCAUUGGCUGGUUCAUGUGUUUUAUUAACACACAAACGUAUUCUUAGAAAUAUUUUCAUGGAAUUUUUGCCAGCAAUUUUUUUUCCUGCUGACUCUGGACAUUUGGACAAUCCAUAAAAAAACUAAGCAAAACAAGACCUGCCUUGGAAAAGCAUUCACAACUUUUUUUCUUUUUCCCCCCCCCCACAUGUUCACUUUACAACCAAAAACUUCAACGUGUCUUAUUGGGAAACUUAUGAGAGUCUUGUAGAAACCAUUGCAUAAUUGUUAAGCUGAACAUAACGGUUAGUUUUAAAUUGUCUUUGCAAAUAAAAAUAAUAAAAGGGCUCGUGGUUCACCCAGCCCCCCUUGCUUAGAUAACUAAAUAAUAUCUAGUUUCUGAAAUAAUAUUCUGCCUACAGGACUCUAUUCAUCGCCUGCAAGUGGAAACCUACCAAGACAUGGCCUGACGUAGAAAUUAACACUAACAUGUUAUGAUGGGUGCUCUGGUCAGAUGAGAACAAAGUUGAACUUUUUUUUGUCUUAAAGCAAAUCACAUUGUAUGAUUGUAAAUGAUCCUGCACGUAACAUCUCCAUAAAAUAAGGUGGUGGCAGCAACAUGCAGUGGAAAUUUUUCUGCUCAGAUGCAGAAAACUUUUACAAAAGCCCCAAAGGUUGUGCAGAUCAGUCAAAAGUGUUCAACUAAUAUCUCUAAGGCAUCUUUACAUUUCCAGAUUCUUCUGAAAUGUAAUUAAUUUACUGAGUUUAUAGGUCAUAUGCCUACCAGAAGUCAUAUUCUUUGCACAAACGCAAAUGAUCUCCAGCGGCUGCUUAUGACUAAACAGCUCAAAUUAAAUUUUCCCAAUAAGAAAUAUACUAUAACCUAACUAAGACUGACUACUGCUAUUUUUCUCUUCACAAAGAGAAAGAAAAUGCGCUGAACAUAAAAUCCUAACCUGUUGAAGUUUUCCAUAUUAUAUCAACCUGCUAAAAAGUAAAAAAAAAAAAAAACACAAAAAAAAAACAGAAAUCCAAAAGUGAGGAUAGUUUGAACAUGUCUUCAUAAAGCAGGAAUGUCGAGGCAGAAGGUGUAAAUAUUUACAAGUCACCUGCUCAUGGACUGGAUUAGCUCAUGAACUUUAGCAGUAAGCAGUGCUGCUCUCAUGUUUGUCACAAGGUUGGAAUCAAAGGUCACCACAUUUUCCGUUCUUUGGCACAAACAUUCAAGAUGCUGAAAGUGGUACUCCUCAUCUGCUCUCUUGUUGGGGCAACAAAUGCCCUUUACAAGCAGUGGAUUCCUGAUACCAACUACGAGAACAAGACCAACUGGGAUAAAGGAAAAGUUCCGUGCGGCAGCGACACAGUUCAGUUUUCAUCUCAAAGAAAAGUGUCUGUGUUUGUGGAGACCACUCAUGCCGUGCAGGAGAUGGUGCUGCCAAUGGACGGAGAGAUCAUUCUGAAUUCGGGAGCUGGCUUUUAUGUGAUCAGCGGACAGGACCCUGAUUGUGGAGCAGGAGUGAGGACCGAGUUCAAAGACGCUGACUCUCUGCGAUGGUUUAAUCCGGCUCUGUGGCAGGCAGCUGCAACUCUGAAUGAUCUACAGGAUGGACAUUUCCUCUUCUCGGUGCAUGAGGAGAGCGUACCCUGUCAGCAGGAUGACGUUGUGUUCAAACCCCUCUCCUCCUUCCGUGUGGAUACCAGCUGCAGCCAGACCACCAUCCCCAUCAAAUCCGUGUCUGUGCUGGGAAAGGUAUUUGACAGCAAGUCCGAGUUCUCCGAGUAUCUCAGCUCACAAUCAGGCCUGCUGCAGUUUCACGGGUCGUCAUCGGUCACUGUUGGAAACCCAAGUUGUGGGGAUGCUACUGGCUGUGACUGUGGGAACUAUGUCAACCAUGAACGCAUCUGCAGCACAGUGACCUGUGGAACUCUGAGCUGUGAGAAGCCUCUGCUUCCCAUCGGACACUGCUGCGAGGUGUGCGGUGCAAUAAUUGUCAUCCAUUAUUCUGACAGUUUCAACCUGGAAAAUUACAGGGGACGAAUCCGUCACCUUUUCCUUUCACUGCCAAAAUAUGAAUCCAUUCAGCUGGGCAUGUCUAAAAUCUUAAAGCCACAGCGGUUGAUGGGAAUUAUCCCUUUUGGCUCUUCACCUGAGAUCCAAGUAGUUAUUCUGGACGGAGAGACUGGGAAACUAUCGGAAGCGCUGGCCCAGGACAUGAUCAAGGACAUUAAAUCUCAUGGCUCGAAUCUGGGCAUAGCAGGAGCUGAAAUUCAGCCCACUAGGGAGCCUGGAAGCAGUACAGGGACAGUAGUUGGAGCAGUGUUUGGAGUCUUACUCGUGGUUACACUUAUUGUGAUUGUGGUUGUGCUACUCCGUAAGGGAAUUGUACAGAUGCCGUCAAUGCCCUCGAUGCCUUCAAUGCCAUCACUGAGCCGCUUCAGGAGAAACACUGACGUCGAUGAUCUCGACGGGGCCGCCGACCGCGGCUUUGACAAUCCGAUAUUUGAUAAACCUGACAUGCUGAAUAACAUUUCUGAUCUGUAUAGCACCGACUCCAUCUCCAUGACUCAGACAGGCGUGCACUUUAUAAAUCCAGCUUAUGAUGAGAACGAAACAGAUUUUACAAUUUGAAGUUAAUUUUUCAC